GAAGGAGAGACGAGGUGUCCCAAAAGUUUUAGUGCAGCUUAAACGUCCUUGGGGACAGCCUGUGGGUUUCAUUUCUUUUCCCAGAAUGAUUCCAUCUCCCCACAGCACCUCCAUCUCUGCCGAGGGGAUGCAGCCCUUCAGCCUGGAGGCAGCCAGGGAAGCAGCCCAGAGGGAUGUGCUGGCAGCAGAUCUCCAGUGCAGCUUCUUUGCCUCUGCCCUGCAGAGCUACAAGCGGGACUCUGUGCUGAGGCCAUUCCCAGCCUCCUAUGUUAGCCAGGACAACAAGGACUUUGAGGCCCUGCUUGAAGAUGCCAGUAUGCUGCCAAACCUGAAGGAACUUCUCCAGUGUGCAGAUGACAAAGAUAAAAGGGCAUGGAAUCUGGUGAGCUGGAUUUUAUCAUCAAAGAUUCUUACACUACACAGCAUAGGGAAAACAGAGUAUGUGAAGAUCCAAGAACUCAUGGGAAUUUCAGGCACUAGUGUCCCUGCACCUGACUUUCUGUUUGAAAUAGUGUAUUCUGGUCAAGUGGAUGCCAAAUUUUAUGAGACCAAAGGAGAAAGGGAUCUUAUCUAUGCAUUCCAUGGGAGCCGCCUGGAAAACUUCCAUUCCAUCCUACAUAAUGGUUUACACUGUCACUUAAACAAGACAUCCUUGUUUGGUGAAGGGACCUACCUUACCAGUGACUUAAGCCUGGCUCUUCUUUACAGUCCUCACGGUAUGGGGUGGCAGCACAGCCUCUUGGGUCCUAUCCUAAGUUGUGUGGCAUUGUGUGAGAUCAUCGACCAUCCAGAUGUCAAGUGCCAAACCAAGAAAAAGGAUUCAGAAGAAAUAGAUAGAAAAAGAGCGAGAGCCAAACAUAGUGAAGGGGGAGAUGUCCCACCUAAAUACUUUGUUGUUACCAACAACCAACUUUUACGAGUAAAAUAUCUGUUAGUUUAUUCUCAGAAACAACAUAAGAGGGUCUCAAGCCAGCCCUCCUGGAUUUCUAACCAUCGCUUCACUCUCAUGAUGGUCCUGUAUCUGCUAUUGCUGAUCAUUAUAGGUGUCAGCAACUCUCCCUCUUUCUUGCACUACUGGAAUCGAGCAUUGGAGUCAAAAAGAUAAACUUACCUGGCUCAGCAGGAUAGCCUCUGUCAUAUGCCUUAGUACCUCCUGAUCUAUCAAUUCCUGCACCUCCACCUAGAACUCUGGGCUAGAGGCUAAGGAGGGGCAGUGAUUGGAACACUGCAAGACACCAGAGAUUUUGACGGCCUUCUGAUGCUCCUAGAGAACUUUUUUGCUUCCUAAUUGGUAACAUUUUGGAGGAUCGUGUCAGUUGGUCGCACUCACUCAAGAUUUCAGGAUCACUUUGCUGUUCUCUCUGUCCUUAGCAGUUCUGAGAAGCUGACUUUUUAGCAGCGGCCAAAGGAAGAAGCCUGCUGUAUUGAAAAAGAAGGUGUCCAGGCUCUCGGCAAUAUGUUUACAAUUGCCUCUGGCAGAAAUCCUUCCUUUCUAAUGCCUUUGGAAGGUGGAAAAAUAUGUUGUGUAAGGUAUAAAUCAUCAGGCAGUUGGCUUGUUUUGACUCGAAAUGUUACAGAGGAACAAUGAUGUUUCUCACGAAAUGGGGGGGGUUGUUUUUGAUUUAUAAAUUUUGGCUUUAGACUUCUGAAUGUGACAACAAAAACUUCAGUGGUUUUAACCAUUUUCUUGACUAUCUAGAAACAGCUUUUGCAGCAAUGGUGCACUCAUUCAUUAAUUUGUCAAAUUAUAGAAUUCAUAGCUGGAAGGGGCUUUAGAGAGUCCAGCCCUUUCAUUUUACAGAUGAGGCAACUAAAGUUCAAGCUUGUAAUGAUUUACCUGUGAUCCAACAAGUGUGAGCUAGGUUUUGAACCCAUGUCCUCCGACUUUAGAUCCAGGGUUCCUUCCACCACAUUCUACUGCCUCCCAGGAUGCUUUCAUUCAUGUAUUCAGAUAGCAAACAUUUCUGAAGCACCUAUUCUGUAGAAGAUAUGAAUGGAUGAGAAAGAAAGGUUUUUUGAUGUUAUCGGAGCCUCACAAGAGAAGAUUACUUACUUAUAUCCAUCUUUUAAAUCAAGGAACUGAAUGUUUAAAAAAUAAUGACUUGACAAUUUGGCAACAUCUUUGUGAAUAUGUUUCUACAUAGUGAUUCAUUUGGCCAAUGUCCACACCACACAGCCUUUUGACUGUUUUUAAGAAAAGAAACCCAGCCAUGGGCUUGCCCAUCUCACGAGAUGGAUUUGACAUGCCACAAAUAAGCCCCAUGGAAUUUGGACAAACAUGUCCUAAAUGAGAGCCUUUAAUGAUAAGUGUUUUAUUUUUAAAUUUAUCACACGUCCAUAUGUAGUCUUAUUUGGAGGAGCAUUUGAUUUUUGGUGUGCUCCUUGUCAGUACCUGUGUGUGCUGUUUUACAUGGAGAAGAAUCCCAUGGAUGCCAGGAUAGCAGUUCCAUUUGUUGCUGUAUGUAUUAUCAUUACUUGCUUUCUAUUAGGUAUCCAAUUUGGUUUAAAUAAAACAUAACACUAUUUUUUCCAGUUGGUGGUUUAAUACAUAUAUAUGUAUACAAACAUAUAUAUAAUGACAUAUAUAUGUACGUAUGUAUACAAAUAUAUAUAU